CUCUGUAUGUGCUCCAACAUGGGAUUUCAUCUGUUACAUCGAAAAUUUCUGUGUUGCUCAGUUGCUCAAAUUUGUUAUGGUGGCAAUGUUGGUGUAUUUCGUGCUCUUAUUCUUAUACCUAUUGUACAAUCUUGGAAUCUGCCAAUGCAUUUGCCGCACGCUCUUUAGAAUAACGUGGGCUUGUUUUUCCACUUGUUUCUCCUCGUUCGAUUUUUGCUGCUCGUAUUUAUGUUACAAGUUACGAACGAUAAGGAGAUUGCGUAAAAGGAGAAGGAGAAAGAAGGACAUUGAAGAAUUUGAUGGACAAACGAGCCCAUAUAUCUCUAGUGAGGAUGAUGAGUACGAAUUAGAAGAUAAGUCUAUUGAUAGUUAUUUUGAUCACAGAGGAUCACGUUUUAGUCGAAGGAGAAAUUAUAAAGUCGAGCAUUUGAGGAAGUCUUUAAGGCCGACCAACCAUCGAGCA